AUGGCACAUUUAAACGCUUUUCAUGUGCUUUCGAUUGUGUUACAUCUAUUGCUGGUAAACGGGCAACAAUUGCCCCUAGAUGAAGGUUGUCCAAAAGCCACACGUCCGCACAUGACUCGGUGCGAUCAGUAUUACCGAUGCACUGUACUGUCGAAAGAUGCACACGUUUGGGUAGCGACCCAGUGCCAGAAAGGACUCGUAUAUCUGCACCAUCUCGGCACAUGUGUGGUACCAGAUAACGAUUGGGAAUGUGACGUUUCGGCCGAAAACGAAAGCAAACAUAGCGAUGAAAAUGUGUACGGAAUCGAUAAUCUAAAUGUGCCUUCGUCGUUAUCUACCAACUCCAACUCUGCUAGUGAAGAAAACUCACAAGAAGCUAACGGUUCUGUCGCAUCGAAAGAGGAUAGCCUGAAGCUGAGAGAUUCCCCACAGAACGAUAUGAACGAUAUGGAAUCGAGUGGUGAUGGCAGUCCGGAACGUUUACACGAAGAACCUCACACAGUCACUAUGCCCGCUCCUGCCCGGGUUGAUGCUUCAACGAACUCCCCAGGAACCUUAAAUCCUUCAAUGCUCGACUCUUUUCUGGCCUAUUACGAUACGCAGAAUGCGCUAAAGGUCAAAACAAAGCAACAAUCUCCUCCAAAAAUGGACGAAAAGAACUACCUGGACCAUCUGAAGCAGAUCGUGAACCAACAGAAACAACUCAACGAAAUGGCACGCAUUCCAAGCCAUACAGAUAUGUUCUCGUACGAAACUGUUCCGGUGCAGCAACUCACUGCAAAGAAAGAAGCCGUAAUAGAUGAGCCUUUAUCUAAGCUUAAUCUCUCACCAGGAAUGCAGGACAUCAUAAAAAGUAUUUUGGAUAUUUCUCAAAAAGCAAUUGCGAAUCAAAAAGCACCUGCUGCUUCUCCUUCUGUCACGCCAGAAGUGAAAGAUCCAGUGGUGAAGCCUAUUUUUAUACCGAUUUCAGUGAAUCCGGUUCCUGCACCGAGCGUGCCAACACCACCAACGACUACAGAGCAACCGUUAAAAGCUCAAUAUCCAGGCUCGUACAAUAUGGGUUUGUCUGGCCCACCCAGCAUGGGUCAAAACACAAUGCAAAAUAGUUUUAGAAUUACCGGUACAAACGAUACACAGUUUUACGGCUUUCCACAGCAAGUAUUAUACGACGCUUAUGGGAAUAAGUAUGUACCGAAGGAUGCCUAUCAACCAAUGACUUCAAGCUAUACGACUGGUGUUUAUAAUCCUUACUUGAAAGCAGUACCUCCAUCAUCAAUGAUGAUCAAUUCUCCUUCAGGAUCAUUUUAUUCGACUAAUGGCCUUAUUUCCGCACCUUCAAGAUUUGCCGAUCCGCUGUCAUACUUUCACAGUUAUGGUCCAUCAUCUCAGCGCAUAAAUCCAUUAGUGCGGGAUUAUGAUGCAGCUGAUGACAUUAUCGAUCGAGUGAAGCUGCUAGAAUCAAUCGAAUCGAUCGAAAGUGACAGUGGGCAAGAUGGAAGUCUGGAAAAGGAUCUACCGCUGCCAGUUAACCGACACGCCGUUGACGUGGACGAUGAAGUUUCGAAUGAGGAUGGUCAGGGUGAUACGAACGGUGCCAACACCAAGUACACAAGGAAGCUGUUUACUCUCGGCGAUAUGACAUUCGAUUACGAGCAGUAUAAGGACAGCAUGCUUCCGUUGGUCGAUGCCAAUCCGGACGAUGAGCGAAUCUCCAUCGUGAUGUGCACGGUGGGUAGCCGGCAGCCGAACAAUACCGAUUGCUUCCGCUACUACAUCUGCAAUCCGCAUAAUGGUGUGUUCCAAUCGUACACCUGCCCUCCGACGACGGCGUUCAAUAAGAAAUCUCGCAUGUGCGAUGUGUCGUCGUACAAACAGUGUAAGCAGCGGAUGACUCCACCAGCUCCACCACGGUCCCAAUUACGAACGCGCAAGCAACCCGCUCCGGGGCAAGGCGUUAGCCAGAUCAAUCAGAUCAAACAGGAACUGCGAAAGGCACAGAAGUACGUCGAAUUGAUACGACUCGAGGCGAACAAGUUGCGGCGUCACAGUAGCGUUCCUUCAUCCCAAAGCCAAAACGUUAUUUACCUUCCAUCGAUGGGGGGCCACACACCGGUUCGCGAAAACACCAAAGUGAAGCAAAAGGAACUGCCCAAGAAAAAGAAACGACCAUCCACCGGUUCAAAGCGCAUCUCAGCGGCUAUGGCCAAACCGGCGAAAGGUGUACCGCGAUGUCGGGUCGAAGGACGUAUGCCGGAUCCGAUGGACAAAACGAACUACUACGUCUGCCACCGGAAGAGUCCGAACAAGUUCAUCAAGAUUAAGAUGGCUUGUCCGGCGGAUCUUUUGUACUGUUCCGAGACGCAGUUUUGCACGCUCAGUGCCAACUGCUGA